AUGACGACCCAACAUGUAGACGCGCUCUUCCCGCGGCACACCGGCACCUGGACAGAGUCCUCGAACCUGCACUGGUGGACGACGUCGGGCGGCUCCACCUUCCUGCCCUCGGGGUCGGAGGAGCCUGCGACGUCGACGGACGGGACCUCCACCUCGAGUGCCUAUACCUCAGAUCCCACCGACUCCUCUACGGGCGCGGGCGGCAGCGGCACACUCACGACGUUCACGAGCUCGAUACCUAUAUCCACCAUCACACAAUCUAGCACGACGCUGACGUCCUUCUCUGACUCUGUGGUGUCUUCCUACAUCUCCAACACGAUAUCCCCCUCCUUCACGUCCUCCAGCGGCGCAUCCAACCCUACCGGUCGGUUGAAUUCUGCGAACUCGAUACCCGUGUGUGCGGGGGACGGCUUGGACGCGUCGUCGGACGGUAUUUUGGCUUCCGUAGUGUUUUCUAGUGCGGUGGGCUUGUUGAUCUGGCUCUUGUUCGCGAUCCUCCGUCCACGCUUCCGCCAGGUUUAUGGUUUGAGGGAAUGGUUCCUUUCCCAAGACCUACGACCAAAAUCCCUCGGCUCAGGCUUCUUUGCGUUCCUCCACCCACCAGUCCCCCUUGUCCCGGACGUACCGGCAAACGUCGACGACGCUGGGAAAUCGCUCAAAACAGACGCCGAACUCUUCCCCUCUGACGAGCAACUCUCCCAGCGCGUGAUCUGGAUCAGCUUUCUCAUCGUCCUGGGAUGGUCGAUUCUGGCGCUCGCUGGUUGCCUGCCACUAUACCUCGCUAGCACCCCGUGCCUAGCCGACUACUCACAGGCGCAAUAUGGUGGCGCGUACUCUACGCUGCAGGAUCUCAGUCUCAUGCGGCUCUUGCGCAUGCUGGAUCAGGGGGACGUGAGCAUCAAGAACCUUCUCGUUACGCGAGCGGACGACUCCGACGAUCGGUACAACGUUCGACCCAGGAUCAUCGUGCUCACGGUCCUUGUUAUCGUGCUUGCACUCCUCCCUGCCCUGUGGAAGAUCAUCAAGGAGUUCAACGCGCUCGUGGCCUACCGGCAACGAUGGCUGAAUGUCAAAUGCGACAACGAAGAGCUUGCUUGGCUAAGCGUACGCGACGCACCUGGCUUCAUCGGCUGGGGAGAGAAGCAGAUCAAGGACUUCAUCAUCAAGUGUGGCCUCAGCUCUACACUGGAUCGUCGCUCGGGACGACACCAGUCAGAAAAGCGCCGGUGGGAUGCUGAUGCAGAGAAUACCAACAUGGAGGUCGACAUCAAGAGCCUCUUCUCGAUAGUGGACACGCACCAAUUGGCCCUCUUGAUUGAGGAGCGCGAUGAGAUCCUCGAGAACCUAGAGAUCGCUGAGACGCGGUAUAUCAAGUCGUUCAGGAUAUCGACGCCGGAUCCAUCAAUUGUGGACUUGCAGCCGCAGCCACCUGAGCCAGAAGGUCGUCCGUACAUCUCUCGGCCGUUGCCGCUCAGGGGAAGCCAACGAUAUCGAGGCGCUCGUCGGCGGACCACGUCCAACAAGGCUCUCGCAUCUUCCUCUCUUGCGCCGACGUCUUUCGUCGCUCCAUCCCAGUACUACCGCCUUCGGAAACUAUCUGGCAUCAGCGGUGGCCGCUUCACCGAUUCGCCUGAAGGUCGCCGGUCAUUCAGCGAUGCUGUUCACUCUCGCGUCAUUGGGAGCCAGUUCCACGAAAUCCAACCUCAUUCGCCUGACUACCAUGCCCUGCCACUCGGCUCCCAUGUCGGGGUCGACUGCAACACGGGCGAGCUGGGCCCUCUGUCAAGCAGCUCGUACGACGAUAUACCCGACCCACGAUACUUCGGCCCCAACCACUCCAUGGAGGAGUUCGGUCAGCUGCGCGGAUCUCAGGAUUACGACCCCGACGAGCGGCUCGACGACAUCGCUGAGCUCCAGGAGUGGGUCGACCUGGAAAGGGAGCGACCAGGCGAAUACGAGAGCAGCAUGAACGGGGCCACUGAGCGUGGUCAGACGCCGCGGUUCUCUGGCACGUCGUCCCGCUUCCCUCGCCGUGCGCGUCCGCGGCCUCCUCGCCAGGAAGAAACCCCUUCACCAGCCCGCCGCGAGACCUUCCCCCUCCGCAGCCGCAGCGUCUCCGACCCCGAGGCCGUCAUGCCGCCCCACCUCCGCCUGCAGCCCUCCCAGCCCUUCGUCCGGCCCCUCGAAGGCGUCGACUACGAGGGCCUUGGCGAGGUGUACAACGAGAUCAAGCGCUACCGCUCGCAGCUCAAGGCGAUCAACACCGAGAUCGCGGAGGCGCAGACGUCGUGCUACAACGACAUCGCGGAGGGCGUGCGCAUCAAGGGUUGGCUAAUCGUGGGGAAGGGGCUGAGGUUCAUUCCGGGGAUGCAGCAGAUUGAGGGGCGCGCGAAGGAGGAUGUGAGGUGGGAUAUUUUGCAGGAUGAGCGGUCGACGCUGGACACGAUAGUGCUGUGGGUGGUGGUAACGAUGAUGGCGGUGACCUUGGCUGUUGCGCCAGGUAUUGCUACCGUGCUUACUCCGGCUAUUGCCGCUAUCGCGUUCAUCUCCUUUGCGCUAUGGGCCAUGCACUACGCCGCGAAAGUCCAGGGCUCCGUCUCAAUAUCCGGCGGCCAACUACUGACCUUCAAGAUCACCUUCUUCGCCUUGACCGUGGUCGCCGGUCUCUUCCUCAUCACAGUCGGCGCGCUCAUCUUCGCAUUGCAUGCGUUCAGCGAAGGCUCGGGCGUGGCGUCGUCCGUCGCCAACGGCUCAAUCUACAUCAUGGUGCUCUGCUUGGCACUCAUCAUCAACCUUGCUAUCAUUAUACCCGGCCUGCUCUUGCUACAGCCUACUAGACUCUGGCGUGUCCUUCGCGCGGAAAAGCAGGCGGUGACGCCCCGCCAGCGAUUCCGAGCUGUUUACCCUCGUACUUACAACCCUUCAUUCGCGACUGGCGCAUGUGUAUUGGCUAUUGUAUUUGCUUCUACUUUCUCCCUAAUCUUCCCACUUAUUGCGCCGGCUGUUACCCUCUUGCUUUUGCUGACUCUUGUCGCGCACCGCUUUCUUGUCGGCUACGUAUACGGUCGGACGCAUUCACAAACGGGCGGCUUGCUCCAGAUCUGGCUCCUACGCCGGUUCGGGACUGUUGUCGCCUUCCAGCCCAUUCUCCUCGGUCUCAUUUACCUCAGCCGGGAGCUAUGGAUCGAAGGCGGUAUCCUUUGCGGUGUCGGCGGAGCAGUCAUCCUCUUCAUGGAGGGCUAUGCAUCCUGGAAAACACGUCUUCCGGGGCGCAAGUCUCUCAGCCAUGUCACGCAAGACUCGCUCGACCGGUUCGUCGAGAUCGCUCGGCCGAAGGGCCGCCGCAACGUCGACGAGGAAAGCACGAGCCUGGUUAGCGGUAGCCGGCUCGGCCAGCGCACCCGUGGCUCGCUGGCAUCUGUUCUCGAGAUGAUGAGCUUGACGCUCGCGGUGAUGCCCUCGUCGGCGGAAGUACGCGGGCCGGUCCCACUGAAGACGGAGACACUGGACGACCUGACGGCGACGGAGCGCGCGGCACGCACCCACCCGGACGCGCCGCCGCAUCUGCCGCCCCUGCCGUUCGCUGACCACGCCGAGGAGAUGGCGGGCAUCCUGUAUCCCCCCGAGCUUAUUGCGCCUCCGCCGAUUAUAUGGCUCCCGAACGACGCGGCGGGCGUUGCGCGCUCGGAGGCGGUCGACCUGCAGAAGUACCACGACCUGCGCGUGACGCUCGACGUACCUACCGGCUUGGAUGUAUUGUGGUGUGUAUACGGACUGGCGAGCUGCAGGACUUCCGAAUAUGGCAGGUUUACGAUGGACAAUGGGCAUGUGAGCGGUGCUCCUCGUGCGCAUGCGACGGCGUCCGCCAUUAUCGAUGCGAAUGUGGAGCAGGGGUUACGCGCUGGAUGCCUCCGCUGGCGUACCGCCGGACGGUGGCAUUUGAGCGAACUGUGGAAGGCGGGCGACAUCUCGCGCUCUUCCUGCGCGCACUAA